AUGAGUGCUGAAGAAAGUAAUCUUAUUUUAGAUGAAGUUACUGGAGAAAAAGCGGCAGCGAAAACUGCUGAUGUAGCUGCAAAACCUGCGAAAACCGAAAAUGAUGAGGCUUCAGAAGAAAAUUUGAAUCCAAAUCAAUAUUUUGAAAUUCGGUCAAAGUCUAUCAAAAAACUUCGUGAAACUUGUAAUCCAAUUCCUUAUCCACAUAAAUUUCAUGUGGAUAUUUCAAUUCCUACUUUUAUUGAAAAAUAUGGCCAUCUUGAACCUGGUCAACACUUAAGCGAUGUAGUUCAAUUGGCUGGACGAAUUCAUAACAAAAGAGCUAGUGGAUCUAAACUAAGAUUUUAUGAUUUACAUGGUGAAGAUUCCGAACAAAAUUUUGCCGAAAUACAUGAUUUGAUUCGUCGUGGCGAUAUUGUAGGUGUGCGUGGCUGCCCUGGAAAAUCAAAGAAGGGUGAAUUGUCAAUUUUCCCAAAGGAAGUUGUACUCCUUUCUCCUUGUUUGCAUAUGUUACCAAAAGAAUAUUAUGGGUUUAAGGAUCAAGAAACACGUUACCGUCAACGUUACCUUGAUUUAAUUAUGAAUAAUGUCGUUAGAGAAAAAUUUAAC